UAUACGCGUACGGCUUGUCGCCCUAUUGCCGCCUUUUUCAUUUUUCCGGCAUUGCGCCGGCGAUAAGUACACGAGAGUUACCUUAAGUACAAACAACCUUAAAAGAUUUGUCGUAAUUAAUGGAUAGCCUUUCCGAGCUACCUCAUCGAUCUUUUUUAAGUAGAUCUAACGGUGUAGAUUAACUGUUCAUUUUUGUUUCGAAUGGAUUCCUUCGAUCGAGAAAGAUUCGACAAGAGUUUGCCCAGAGGAUUCUCGUUCGACGAUGACGAUGACGACAACGACGAAGAUUCUCGAAUUGCGUCCGCGAGAAUCUCGUGUUUGUCGGCAGCGUCGUGGAGACACUCGCCGAUUGGUGUUUCUGCCGUCGCCGCCGCCGUCGCUUCGCCUUCGCGAACUCUUGCUUAUCAUUGCGUCGUGUCGUUGCAUCACAGCGAAGGUGAUAUACAUUCGAUAACGGUAACUAAAGACUUCAUUUUUACAGGGUCGUCGAGCGAUAAAAUCCGCGUGUGGCGGCAGCCCGACUGCGCCGAGAUGAGUCGAAUGAAAUGCGCGCGCGGCGAGAUUCGCGCGAUCUUGGCCAACGGGAGGCUACUAUUUACGACGCACGGCGAUCGGAGAGUGCGGGUGUGGGAAUUCUCGGGAUUUCCGAUGAAAAAGUCGAUGACUCUGCCGAAAAAAAGAUCGUUCUUCUUCGGGUACAAUAAGAACAAUAACAACAACAAAAACAACAACGAUCGGCACAGAGAUUCGAUCUCAUGCCUCGCAUACAACAACAACGAGAAGCUUUUGUUCACCGGGUCGUGGGAUCGAACAAUUCGCGUGUGGCGAAUAACCGAGAAGCGAUGCAUCGAUUCGUUCGUCGCGCACGAAGGUCGCGUAACCGCUAUCGCGAUCGACGAAGACAACGGUAGUGUGUUCACGUGCUCAUCAGACGGAACUGUGAAAGUGUGGAGGCGUCUAACAAAAGAGAGCUGUCAUAUUCUUACAAUGGUACUAAAGUUCCACCACUCGUCAAUCAACGCGUUGGCGUUAAGCCGGGCGAGCAACGUUUGUUUUUUAUACUCAGGAUCGUCCGACGGGCUAAUAAAUUUUUGGGCGAAGGAGUCGAAUUCGGGGAGAUACAAUCACGGCGGGUUCUUACAAGGCCAUCAUUUCGCGAUCCUAUGUUUAGACACGACGGACGACUUGAUCCUUAGCGGCUCCGAGGAUGCGACGAUACGGAUAUGGAGACGAGACAACAGCCAAUCGUGCCACACGAGUCUUGCCGUGAUCGACGGUCAUCACGGGCCUGUUAAAUGCUUAGCUGCAGCUCGACAAAAUGUCGAGAGAAACGACGAAAACGAGAUUUUGUUGGUGUAUAGCGCCAGCCUCGAUCGAACUCUCAAGGUAUGGCGAGUUAGAGUAAUGCACGACGUCGAGAAGGCGAAUUGGGAGGGAUCGAAGGAUCGCGAUGAUCUGUUCGACAAUACGACGGUUGACAUUAGCCCGGUGCUAUCGCCUUCAUGGGUACAGAAGAAGAUUCAGGUUAGCUAGAGAUUUGUAAACAUAAGGAAGAUCUACAAAGAAUAUCCUUUUCUGGGACUUUAAAAGGUUAAUCUGAAACAUGUCGAAACAUUUGCUGUAGUAGCGAGACAUGGAACUUUUCCAGGGUGUGAUUGUUUUGGGAAUUUUGGAGGAUUUAUAUUAUU